AUGGACAAACAGCGACAUCAGAAAUUCCCGUCGUUGGUAUUUCUCGCAACUCUCAAAUGCAUUGAAAAUGUGCAUCUCAUCACAGAUGUUGGCACUACACCGUAUCAUCUUGUUGAGCCAGUGUUGAAGAAGAAAACUGCAAAGGCACUACGGCAGAUAGAGCUGAAAUCACCCCACUUGGUUUCCCAAUCGGAUCCAAUAUGGCAAUCACUUAUAGCAAGGGAAUUCCCAAACAGGCCUUUAGUUGUUGAGCAGAUGAGUUCCGGGAGAAAAGUCAGGGUCCCGUCAAGACAACUUUAUGAAAAGUAUGCGAGGGAAAAAGAGGAGCAGCAAAAAGAGGCCACGCGGACCUUUAAGCAGCUGACAAGACUGAUGAAUAAGGAGAAGGAGAAACACAAGGUUAAGACAAUAGACCACGCUAUGCUACCCAAAAGAGGCAUGCGACUACUAGGCACCAGUGCACCAAAGCCCGUCUUCAAAAGCAGGCUUUUGGAAAAGGCCAGGCAUCAGAAUAAGAUGAGAAACAGGUAUCUUCUAUCUGCAAUCAAAAAGCCAAAGAGGAGUUUGAAAGGUGGCCUGAUGAGCAAGAAUGCUCCAUUUAGCCCGCCAAAGUCAUUUUCCCGCCCAAUCAGAGUUCCAAGAAAGACUUUUAUAAACAUCACAGAUGAUUCUGUUCGACUCAGAGCUCCAUAUCCACAGCUGAUACCCAAAAAACGACGGCCAGCUAAUUUGAGUCCUCCAUUGAGAAACGCUAGUCUCACUUCGCAACCCAAGCAUAAAAAGUCCAAGGUCUACAUCUACAGCACACAGAAAAGUGGCUAUGAGGCCCAUAACUAG